GGGGAGCCGUCAUUUCAGCGCCAAACCUGUCACUCUUUGUCUACCCUCCUUCUAUAUAAGCUGUCAGUCCCGCCGGCGACUUCACUGGGUUGAUUUGAUCCUCAGCUUCUGGAAAGCCUCUGCCGUCUUUCGAUUCAACUUUCGUCGUUCUUUCAUCAUUCACUCGUUCAUCAUGUUCGGUAACCCUUCGCGCCUCGUCCUGGGGAUGCUCGGCUGUAUGGCCAUGCUUCCCAGUCAGGUUACAGCAGACCAUAUGCGCUACGGUCGUCGUCACCACCAUCUCGCUACGCUCGCUCAGGCUCCCACUGCAGCCCCUGAGGCGGAUUCUUGUGGUUUUGAGUCUGUAUCCACCACACCUGUUUCCGUCGCUACCGCUGCCUAUGCCACGGUCUCGGCCUCUGCUUACGCAUCCGCUUCUGCUUCUGCUUCUGCUUCUGCCUCAGUCUCGGCGGCAUCAAUCAACAGCACCAGCGCCAAGGUCAUCAUCCCGUUCUACGUUUAUCCCAACCCGGGAGCCUGGACCCCCAUGGAGGAACUGGUUGCUUCCUACCCCAACGUUCACUUCACCAUCAUCAUCAACCCCGACAGCGGCCCCGGCUCCAGCAGUCUCCCGGACAGCAACUUCCUGUCGGCAGUGCCCAAACUCACCAGCUACAGCAACGUGCUGGCCAUCGGCUAUGUUCCUACUCAGAAGGGUACCCGCGCGAUUGCAGACGUCGAGAACGACAUCAAGACCUAUGCGGGCUGGCCCACUGCCUCCGGAAACUCCUCUUUCGCCGUGCACGGCAUCUUCCUCGAUGAGGCCCCCAACGCCUACAGCGCCGAACUGGUCUCGUACUACCAGCAGUUGACCACGUUGAUCAAGGAUAGUGAUGGUCUCGGACCGGAGAAUUACGUCGUAACCAACCCCGGCACGGUCCCCGACUCCGCCUACCUCAGCAUUCCCGACUCAACCGUCGUCUUCGAGUCUCCCUACGACUCCUUCCUGAGCGCCGUCUCGGCCAACACCUUCGCCAGUAUUCGUGGCGGGAACCACAGCUCCAUGGCCUCUAUGGUCUACUCGGUCCCGCAGACCGUGCAUCUCCCGACUUUGAUCGCGCAGGUGGGUAACAUCUCCGAUCAGAUCUUUUUGGGUAAUACCAGCACGUACGAUGUAUAUAACUCGUACAUGAAUGAGGUGAUUCCGUUGUUGCCGAAUGCGUGAGCAGAUCCCUAGGGGGUAUCGUGGUUGGAUGGUAUCGAUCUUUCUUUCUUGUCGCUCGUUGAGUAUCUUCUUGUAUAUAGUUGUAUGUUGUUGAGCAAUGUGCAGGUUAUGCCACCG